GCGGUAUUCGUUGGCCGAGCUCGGGGGGAGGGGGGGGGAAGCUCUGACCGGCCGGCCGGGCGGACAGGCGGACAGGAGUGGCCUCCGGCUGACUCACCAAGGGUCGGUCGCUAAUCUGAGUUUGUCAUUCCCGGCUCUCUGAAGCGACGGGUGCCCGGGAUCACUAUGACAUCGAGAAGGUGGUUUCACCCCAAUAUAACGGGAGUGGAAGCAGAGAACUUGCUUCUGACGAGAGGGGUUGAUGGAAGUUUCUUGGCCCGACCGAGCAAGAGCAAUCCAGGUGACUUCACGCUUUCAGUGAGGCGAAAUGGGGCCGUUACACACAUUAAAAUUCAGAAUACAGGUGAUUACUAUGAUUUGUACGGAGGGGAAAAGUUUGCUACGCUGGCUGAACUGGUGCAGUACUACAUGGAGCAUCAUGGACAGCUCAAGGAGAAGAAUGGUGAUGUCAUUGAACUGAAAUACCCACUGAACUGUGCAGAUCCUACCUCUGAGAGGUGGUUCCAUGGACACCUCUCAGGAAAAGAGGCAGAGAAGCUGCUGACGGAGAAAGGAAAGCCAGGAAGUUUUCUUGUACGAGAGAGUCAAAGCCACCCAGGAGAUUUUGUUCUGUCUGUGCGGACGGGGGACGAUAAAGGGGAAAGCAGUGAGGGGAAGCCAAAAGUCACUCAUGUAAUGAUCCGAUGCCAGGAUGGAAAAUAUGAUGUUGGUGGAGGAGAAAAGUUUGAUUCCCUCACAGAUCUGGUGGAACACUACAAAAAGAAUCCAAUGGUAGAGACCCUGGGCACUGUCUUGCAGCUCAAACAGCCGCUCAAUACGACACGAAUUAAUGCAGCUGAGAUUGAAAGUCGAGUGAGGGAACUGAGCAAGCCAGCUGAAAUGAUGGACAAGUUGAAGCAGGGAUUCUGGGAAGAAUUUGAGACACUACAGCAGCAGGAGUGCAAGCUUCUUUAUAGUCGAAAGGAUGGGCAACGGCAAGAAAAUAAAUAUAAGAACCGGUACAAGAACAUCCUGCCUUUUGACCAUACUCGAGUAGUCCUACAUGAUGGAGAUGUGACUGAACCUGGUUCUGAUUAUAUCAAUGCUAAUUUCAUUAUGCAUGACAUUGAGAGCAACCGAACCACAACCAAGCCAAAAAAGACUUACAUUGCCACGCAGGGAUGUUUGCAUGACACAGUGAAUGACUUCUGGAGGAUGGUUUUUCAAGAAAACUCGCGAGUAAUUGUCAUGACAACGAAAGAAGUGGAAAGAGGAAAGAGCAAAUGUGUGAAAUACUGGCCAGAUGAGAUGUCCUCGAAGGAAUAUGGCGCUAUGCGUGUUAAGAAUGUUCGUGAGAACCCAGCACAUGACUAUAUUUUAAGGGAGCUCAAACUUUCUAAAGUAGGACAGGGGAGCACUGAAAGGACAGUAUGGCAAUAUCAUUUCAAAACGUGGCCUGAUCAUGGUGUUCCUAGUGAUCCAGGCGGUGUCCUGGAUUUCCUUGAAGAAGUUAAUAUCAAACAGGAGAAUAUCCCAGAAGCUGGGCCAGUUGUGGUCCACUGCAGUGCAGGGAUUGGACGCACAGGAACUUUCAUUGUGAUUGACAUCCUGAUUGACAUCAUCAGAGAGAAAGGUGUAGACUGUGACAUCGAUGUACCAAAGAGUAUCCAGAUGGUGCGGUCGCAGCGUUCAGGGAUGGUUCAGACAGAAGCCCAGUACAGAUUCAUUUACAUGGCUGUUCAGCACUACAUCGAAACACUGCAGCGUCGGAUCGAAGAGGAACAGAAAAGCAAGAUAAAGGGCCGUGAAUAUACAAACAUAAAAUAUUCCUUAUCAGACCUGACGUGUGGAGGAGAUCAGAGUCCUUUCCCUCCUUGCACACCCAAUCAAGUGUGUACAGAGAUGAAAGAUGAGGGUGGCAGGAUAUAUGAAAAUGUUGGCUUGAUGCAGCAGCAAAAAGGCCAUAGAUGAAAGUGUACCAGUUUGUAGCAGAAUGGAAAGAAAAGGAGCAUUGAGGUGGCUGUGAAAAGCAGAGGAGAGAUGAAAACACUUUUGGUGUGAGUAAAGUGAAAAACGACCAUCGAAGGCUUAGUUCAGAGUAUUGUGGAAUUUCUUUCUUUCCCUAUCCCUUCCCAUUUAAACACUAAAAGUGAUCAGUAGCCUCCCUAAUUCAGAAGAUACUCUGUGCUAGUGUAUAAAGCUACAUCAUACUUCAUGCAUCCAUUGCAUCGCUUUUCAGUAUUUUACUGAUGUGGAACCCAAGUGCCUUUUUACAGUCAUCGCCUCUUUGCAGUCAUUUACUUCACACAAUUCUUUGAGAACUUGAACUUAUUUUAAAAUUUUUGUUUAAAUGCAGAAUAGAUUUUUUUUAAAUCCAGUAAGGUCAAGUAGAAAAACAUACAUUAAUUUGGAUUUUUUAAAAUAGUUUGCCUUUAACAUGUUCAGUGACGUUAAUGUAGAUCAUAGAAGUGUCAUGUGCGGUACCUUUUGCUUUCCUUGUUUCAAUUAACAGUUUAAUAAGAGGAAUUGUUGGCAGUUAUGCACAGGAUUUGCCCUCAAAUUCCUCCCUCCCUGUUAAGUUGCUGGAUGUAUUGAGGCUUUUUAAAAUGUCUGUAAGAAAAAUAAUUCACUGGGCAUAACCUUGCUGUUAUUGUGUAGGAGAUGUGUGCUAAUGUGUUUGCAUUUCAUAUCAAAUAUUUUAAUUUUCAUUCUGUGCCAACAAGGUUCAUCUCCCUUGUAAUAAUGAGAGAAACCAGCAGCCUUAGUACAGUUGAACUCUAAUGAACACAAGUCUGCUCACUAGGGAUUAUGAUACAGUUAGGCUGCCAGUGGGUUUAGAGUUUAGGUUAUAUCCCAAGCCACAGCUAUAAAUGGACAGUUUGCCUGAAGUCAUCCUGUUACCAUUCAUUUUUAGUAUUCAGUGUAUCAUGUGGUAAGCUUCAAGUCAGGGGUACUCUCAAGGUGUACAGAUUUCCACCUAGAAUGAUCUUGCUCCCAUGUGCCUCUGAAACCUGAUGUCUGCCUAUAUUCCACCGCUCCCACUCCCAGCCAGCUGUGUUCCUGAAUUCUUUGCCAUUUGGUAUUAAUUACAGGAUAUAUGACUCAAUGAAUGAUUUAAAGUUUGUUUGUAGAUUUACAUGUUCUGCUGUUUUCAGUCCUCAAGUCGGCACCAAUUGAUGAUAUCUUCAAUAACAGGUUAAAUUCCUAGUGUUCCAGAAGGUUUUGGAUCAGGUGCCUAUCAUUUUGAAACUGAAUCUUGAAGCCAGUAUCACCCUGGUCUGGCAUUUCCUUAAAACCAGCAGAAGCACAGGAUGGGGCUUCUCCAGAAUACAUUUCUCUGGUAGUUGUGGUACUGGAGCCACUUUAAGAGGAAGUUACACCUCAGAACAGUGUGUAGACCAAGUGUAGGAAGAAUGUACAGGAUGUUGUUUAUCUCACAUCCUUUCAAGAGAGGUGAGGAUAGAGCCCAUAGAAACCAGGACUAUUUCAACCCAAGUGUUGCUGGCAUCAGUAGAGUGAAAUAAGCCAUUGACCUAGAUCUCUGCAUGUCCAUUCCAAACAGCAAUUGCCUGUACCCUAAGUUAGGAAUAUGCAAUGUUUGCAUUCCCCACUACACCAGCACUGGACCUUCUGUGACCAGCCCUUGGCCAGUGUUCCCUUUUUUUUGUCCCUUCCUACCCUCAGAACCAUACAUAGGACAGUAAGUCAUAUUCCAACACCAACAGAAAUUCCUGCAUAGAUUUGCAGGUUUGUGGUGCAUUGGUAAAUGAUUAGAUGGCAUUAGUCCUUGCAUUACACAUCAAUAUCUUUGAAGCAUCCUUGAAAGCGAAGCCCCGUAAGACUCUUCACAUCGCCUCCAUUUCCUUUGUGGGAAAGCAUUAAAUAGUUGUAGUAUCCAUCAUAAUGAAUCAAACACUUGGCAAAUCCUUACAGAAAACAAUGUUUAUAUUUGGUCAGGAACAGGAUCGGGCAAAUGAUUUACUCAAAUCAUAACAAUGAAGUAUGUUAGAAUUUUUAAUGUACUAAUUUUAUCUUGAACCACAAGUGUUUUAGCCUAUGUGCCAAAGCCACUGGGUAACUAAAUCCAGCAGGAAGUGGAAGAGCUCAGUGGCAAGUUCCCCGUGCCCUCUGCUGUUGGCAUACUGCAGGUGGCUUUUCUCCAAUGAUACUGUGACUUGGAUAGUCUUUUUCCAUGAAGCUGUAGUAUCAGACUUUACUAAAUAUAUAUUGAAGAUAUCAAAAGAAUUUUAAGACCUUGAAAUGGAACUCUAAAUGUUACGGCUUUGGAGUAAGCUAGACUGAGUAAAAUUUCCCUAAACCAUUUCAUGCCAGAACUAUUUAAAUGUCUAAAGUGUGAUGGAUUUUAUUAUUUACUAAGCAUGACUGUUGUCUGAAGGAUUUUAUGCUUGAAUCAGAAUUUUGUAAUUUUUGUGAGGUUAAAAUUCUUUUAGCUCCACAUUGCUUGUUAUGUCUUAAGCUGGAGAAUGGGUUGUGAUUUGGUACCAGACCUCAGAUAUUGGUCUGUCACCCAGCUGGGAAAAGCUACCUGAGAACAUCCCAGGAAUUAAUCUCUUUCCUCCAUAAGAUAUUACUUUCUUUCCUAUCAUGUAUGUGGAGGAUCAUGGCCUCUGCUCAUUGUCUUAUUCUGAGAGCAGGAAUCCUGGCUGGGGAUGAACCCACAUUGCCCAGCUGCAGUGUGUUGAACUUCUAAUGCACAAAAUCAGAAACAGCUCAUUCAGCUUUUCUCUUUGAGUAUUAAUUGGGAAGUCUGCAUGAAUUUAGAAUUCUGCACUUGGUUCAUUACUGCAUUAAUUUGGAAUUGUAUUGUGAAUGAGCUUUCAACUCCUAACAUUUAUAUCGACAAACUAAGAGGGAAGAAGUAACUUUUUUUCAGAGUCCUGGAUGUAACCAGUUGGCCUGUUAAUGUGAAUUGAACUGCUCUAAUGUGUCAGGUGAUUACAUGGGCUGGUUGUUUAUCUGCAGAAUUUCAAAUUGAAUAAUCCAUCAUAAACAAUCAGAAUAAUGGUGCAAUGAUUAUCAAAUGACAUCUGCUUUUUAUUAUCCAUCCUGUAAUUUCACAUUUCAUCAAAAUUCAUACCAUUCAGAUGUCUAGUUUAUGUACAGACACAGUAAAUGAUUUUCCUAUAUUUAUAAAAGUAUAUAUGGGUGGUAGUUGAUUUCUUUUUGCUAGUCAUGCUGUGAUUUUAAAGCUACAUAAACUGAUUAUCGAGAAUAAAUGUAUUUGUAAUGUAUCAGAUCUAAAAUUAGGAAUAAAGUCAUUUUAUAUAA